CACCGCCGCCCCUCCGCGCAGGACAAGCGAGCGCGGCCGCCCGCCAAGGACAGAACGCCCGGCAGCCACAUAAAGCACCACUAAAGAGACUACAAAUUUCAUCUCUGCCGUGUGACUUCCUGCUUUUCUGAAAGCUGUGUGUGAGGGAAGAAGGAUAAGUGCUCCCAUCAGAGUGCAAAAAUGAACUCGACUGAGAUUCCCAUCCAAACAGAGAUGGUAGAACUGGUGCCAAAUGGAAAACAUUCCGCGUUGAAUGCUUCCUCCAUCCCUUCGGUGGGAAAUGACAGGUUUGAUGACAACCAACCAGAGAUGGAGGAGUUCCUUCCACAUGGUGCUGAAAAGAAGCAGACCCACUUUACGGAUUUUGAAGGAAAGACCUCCUUUGGGAUGUCCGUUUUCAAUCUCAGCAAUGCCAUCAUGGGCAGCGGGAUCCUUGGUCUAGCGUAUGCUAUGGCCAAUACUGGUAUUCUCCUUUUUCUGUUUCUCCUGACUGCUGUCGCUUUGUUGUCUAGCUAUUCCAUCCAUUUACUGUUGAAAUCCUCAGGGAUUGUUGGAAUCCGAGCCUAUGAACAGUUGGGUUACAGGGCCUUUGGCACGCCAGGGAAGUUGGCAGCUGCAGUUGCCAUAACACUACAGAAUAUCGGAGCCAUGUCAAGCUACCUGUACAUUGUGAAGUCUGAAGUGCCUCUAGUCAUCCAGACCUUCCUCAACCUGGAAGAGAAAACAACGGAUUGGUAUAUGAAUGGCAACUACCUGGUGAUCAUGGUCUCUGUCAGCGUCAUUCUCCCUUUGGCCCUCAUGAAGCAGCUUGGUUACCUUGGCUAUGCCAGUGGUUUUUCACUCAGCUGCAUGGUCUUCUUUCUUAUUUCGGUUAUUUAUAAAAAGUUCCAGAUCCCCUGUCCACUUCCAGACUCAAUCAACAAAACUGGCAACUUGACUUAUGCAUCAGUCAAUACAAGCAGCUAUCAGAGUGAUCCUGCGGUUGUCCAGGCAACUGAAGAAGAUGUCUGCUCUUCAAGCUUGUUCACACUCAACUCUCAGACAGCCUAUACCAUCCCCAUCAUGGCAUUUGCUUUUGUGUGCCACCCUGAAGUCCUGCCUAUUUAUACUGAGCUGAAAGACCCCUCCAAGAAAAAAAUGCAGUGCAUCUCAAACAUCUCCAUCUCCGUCAUGUAUGUCAUGUACUUCCUGGCUGCCCUUUUUGGCUACCUCACUUUCUAUGGCCAGGUAGAAUCAGAGCUGCUACACACCUACAACAGAGUAGACCCAUUUGAUGUGCUGAUCCUGUGUGUGCGGGUAGCCGUCCUGACUGCUGUGACAUUGACGGUGCCCAUUGUUCUUUUCCCAGUACGCCGUGCAAUUCAGCAGAUGCUCUUUCAGGACAAAGAAUUCAGCUGGCUUCGGCACUGUAUUAUAGCUGUUGUGCUGCUGACAUCCAUUAACUUGCUGGUAAUUUUUGCCCCCUCCAUCCUGGGCAUCUUUGGCCUGAUUGGUGCCACAUCGGCCCCCUGCCUGAUAUUCAUCUUCCCAGCCAUUUUCUAUAUCCGGAUCAUGCCUAAGGACAAGGAGCCUACGAAAUCCACUCCCAAGAUUCUGGCAGCCCUCUUUGCGUGCCUUGGAGUACUCUUCAUGAUCAUGAGCCUCAGCUUCAUCAUCAUCGACUGGGCAACAGGUGGCGGGAAGAGUGGAGGCAGCCACUAACCAGGGAGGGCCCAGAGCCUUGUGACUGGAUCAACACCCUGGGAAACUAAGCUGGCUUGGAUACAUUUUGUGCCCCCCUCCCAACAAACAAACAAACCCCCCCGCUAGUACUGUACUGUAUUCCAGCCCCUAGCUUUGUUCUGAGCCAAGGGCUGCUGUUCCGUUACUCAGUCCUCACCCCCCACACACACUGAGCCGGGGGGGGCGCAGCAGGCGGUACCUGACUGGCAGCCAAUUCCUCAUUCUUUGAGCAUUUGAUGUCCCCACCCCUCAGAGUCUGGGGUAGGCCAGACUGAUGGCACCUAAUAGACAGACCAGCUUGGGGAAUAGGCCAUGGUGGGGUGGGUGGGGUAGGCACUUGAUCAGGGUGGCUGCCAUAUGUGUACAUCCAGCCCUAGAUGUGUCCAGAAUGGCCGGCCUGCACUUAGGGGGCCAAAAGGUCAGUGUCAUGAAUAGACAAGGGAAAUGAGGGGGGGGGGAAUAUGACUGAAAAGCCUGGGUGCACAGUUCUUACCUAAGGUUCACUGCUGACUGGGCUGGUCCCUUCUAUUGUAUGGCUUCUGGGUAUUUCAAAGGUUUGCUUCUCAGCCCUUAUUUCUUGGUAGCUUCUCUCCUCAGAGUUGUUCUCUCUCUGCUAGGGUGUGAACCUGAAGAGCCACAGGAUCAACGUUUCCUCCCUCAUGACAAUUUCUUAGUGGUGACUUUGUGGGUUCCCAGGUCUGAUCUACAGCCUGCCCUUUGCCAUCCUUUGAGAAAAUUGGUAGUAGGAAACAAUGUGGGGAUUUCAACCCUUCUGAAUUCAUGGUCGGGAUGGGAUUUGCCAUGUUUUGCCUCAGCAGGGCCAAAUGGUAAGGUGGGGCUGGCCUUUAGAGGAGGACAGGCAGUAGGGAAAGCACCGCUCUUCAUUCUAUGGAUAGAACUAUGGGAAGUAGGCCUGUUGUCAGUGACAUUAAAUUCCUGUUUCUGUCCCCUUGUGUCAUCAGAAUACGGCAAGAAGGAAUGACAAAACAUUUAAGAGUCUAGAGUAAGGAGGCUUUUGUGUUCAGGCUCCUGUGUCCUGAAAGCACCUGUGGAGCUAUAACUGGAUCAGAUGGACCUGAUCCUCCCAUCUGAGAGAGACCACCAUUCACUCCCGCACACCCACCCCACCCUGUAACCUGUCACAGUGCCCCACCCCUGUUUCCCUCUAGUGGCAGAUGAUUGGGAGAGCUAGCCCUGCCACCAACCUUGUCCACCAGCUUAACUACUUACUAGGACUUAAUUGCUGCUAAUUCCUGUAGUUUUAGAAGAAUUUGUGUUAAUUUGUACAUAGUUACUUUGCUUUUAUUGUCCAGGAUGGUGAGAUUCCAAUGGAAUUGUAUUGAUAAUGGCCGUAUUGGCAAGCAGUCCCUGCUUUCCUUGCAGAUCAUUUAUGGAGGGAUGACUCAAUGGUUAGUGUAUCCAGAGCUACUUCUUUGACCAGAGAUGGCCACCAAGUUCUAUAUUUAUUUGUAGUGCCCUGAAAUGCUUUUAUGUCUCAUCUUAUAGUGACAUACAUGGGCCUCACAAAUGUGCAAGAAGGAAAGGGAUGAAAGAAGCCAUUAAAGGAAAAGAAGGCCUGGGUACAGUAGAAGAGCAAAGCCAAGCAUUCCUUGGUUUCCAACAGGAUAUUUACAAGCGAUGCGGGGAUCUGCCUUUAACUAGGCCAGACUGUUCAUCCAUCAAACCCAGUUCUGUCUGUAUUAGGCAUAUAUAUGCCUAAUACACACAACUGUAUGUGCACACAUGCAGGCAGGCAAACAGAUAUUUACAUACAGACAUAGCAGAAAAGGAACACUGGUAAGGAGGUAGGCAAGAGUGAGCUGCCCAGGGUAUUCUGAGUCUCCAGCAGAGGGGAUUUCUGUCUCCUGCUCUCUGAUCCUUUGAGCAGAGAGGUUGAAACCUGGACAAAAGGCUGAAACAGAGACCUUCUGUCUUCCAUUGUAAUUGAAGGCAUGGCUUCUAUAAUCCUGUGCCAAGGAAGUGGCUAUCUUACUAACUUUCAUCUCUAUGAAGGCAAUGAGUGAGUAGAGGCCAGUCUGGCAACAACAGGUUUGUUUUUGAAAGACAAGCACCGGAAGUGAUUGCAUUGCAUCUAAGGAGGAAAAUGUCACUAUGCAGUUAGUGGUUCCAGGCAGGAUCUGGGGCUGGGAUAGGGCAGGCAGGUUAUUCUACGGACCGAACUGCUUCUACUAACCAAACAGUGCAACACCCCGUGCAUCCUUAAAACUGGCCCCACAAGUCUGGGAAGCCCUCUAGGCCAAGUCUUUGGCUGGUGCAGAGAGCUGGAUAACGAUGCAGGGAGGGAGAAAUCUCCUUCACAUUACAGGAGGACUGCUCGGUAUUAGAUUUAUGCCCCCCUCUCUCUUUUUUUAUUAUUAUUAAGCCCAGCAAUUAGAGUUUAACAUCUUUCUGUAUUUCACCUAUGGUGGGCAAUUUUUCUAUCUGUCUCUGCAGCAACACACUGAAUAACAGCUUGUUGGAGAGGAAUUUGUAUAAAGCUUGAUCACCUGCUCAUUCUUGCAGAUCAGACAUAGGUUAGAGGUUCAACAGUAAUGGAAUCCUGAAAAGUUGACAGUCUGGCCUGGUUCAAGAGUAGUAGGAAGACUGAACUUCUUUGCUAUCUUAUAGUACAUAAAGCUGAUGCAGGCUGGGGUUGGUCUAGCAUCCUUCCCCAAUUGUGGUAGGCGACUGGAUGAUGAUAAUAUCUGAAGGGAAAAUGAUCUCUUAUAGAAUUUUGUAAUUUAGGCUAUGAAUUUCAUUGAGUUUGGCGUAGAAGCCUUAGGUAUUAAUUGAAUGAUGUGCACUAAAGAGUAGCAUACAAGACUUCAUGGAGCUGAGCUGAUUCCAGGGUAUAAACACAGUGGGUGAGUUCAAGGUAAAACGUAGCCUUUUUCAAUCCAAUCUCAUACUUUAGCACACUAGGAGAAACCAAUUAAGUUUUUCCUCCCCUGUAAUUAAUAGCCAUGCUUUCAUAAUAUCUAGUCUGCAGCUCUUGAAGUAGGGGAGGAAAGCUGUAAUUGAUUCCUUAUGGAGAAAACUUAAAAGCAUGGGCUCACAAGAUCAUGGCAACAUUUUUCUGCUGUGCUAGUCAGGAUGAUGGUUUCUCUUCAGGAGCCCUGUGCUGUCUCUAGGGAACUUGGCUUUCCCCAGAACACCAUUUUCAAACUACUGGUCUUGGGGAUCUGAUUGGGAGAAAUAUCACCUAUACCAAAUCUGUUUUCAUUUGUACUGAAAUGUGUUUGCUGUUUACCAUCUCCUGUUGCUAUUUCAUGAUCUGAAGUUGAGAGUGUUCGUAAAAUUGACUCCUUUUUCUCCUAUGAUAUUGAGAAACUUUCCUCAUAUCAUCCAGCAUUCAUAAGAUGAAAAUGAUUUAAUAGAAUCACAGAAUUAUAGAGGUGGAAGGGACCCCAUUAGGGUUUUUUCCUAAUCUCAUGCCAAAGCACAAUAUCCAUAGCUAAAGAAUCCCCGACAGCUGGCCAACUAGCCUCUGUUUUUAAAACCAUUUUUUUUAAAAAAAUGGAGAACCUGUCACCUUCUCAGGCUACCCAUUCUGUUUUUAAACAGCUGUUACUGUCAGGUUGAAUGGCCUUUCCAGGAAGGUAAAAAAGCAGCACUUCUCAGAAGUUCACUGAGCAAAUGAAAUUAAUAUGCUUGCCUCCAUUAGGCAGGCUAACACAUCAGAUCAGAAUCUUUUUGAGACUUCAAAGCGCCAUUUCCCCUACAGAUUACAAUAGCUUGUUCUUAGGCUUAGAUAAUGCAACACGCUGUAUAAAUCCAGUACCAUCAAAGUGGUAGUAUUUCAGAACUUGAGAUAUACCAGGAAAACACAUCUGAUUGAUUACACAGCUACUAUAAACUGCUAAAUGAAUACUACUAGCUAGUAACCUUCCUGUUACUCAGCAUCAAGGGUGGGCAUCUCCAUCUGCCCAUUCCAUGUCUGAUGAGCAGCAUGUGCUGCUAUGAGGAAUAAACUCUCAGGUGGGAAGGCAGUACAGGCAUGCAUGAGAUUAAAGACAUUAGCCCCCGCCCCUUGCAUCACUAUUUUGCUUGUUGCUAUGUUCACAUAGCUGUAGUUUGCCAGUUCACAUGGGACUGCUUCCUGCACAAAGCAGCUGAACUAUGUGUGUGGAAGGAAGAGCAGGAAAACUCUCUGUCUCCAGGCACAGGAAGAUUCUGUGUGGAGAGCAGCCAUCCUGGCCCUGCACCAUACAGUACCUACUGUGAUUGGUACUGCAUGGUAGAAUUGGGGUGAUUGUGUGUCAUAACAGCUGUAACAAACAAUUGUCCCAACAAUAAGAGUUUCUCCAGUGUAUGCCAUACACUGAAGUGGUUUGUAAGCUUUUGCAAUAAUUUGAUGACUGAAAUCGAGUUGCAAGACACAGAGCAGGUCCAGUGAAUCCAUGGGGAUUUGGUGAGUUGACUUCUCUGUAAAUUCCAUUGAUCCAAUAGGCCUGUCCCGGUUGCAGUUUACAGCUGGGUUUCAGCUGCUAUGUAUUUUGGGCCAAGAGUUGUUUUUCUAGGCAACUACCUGAAGCUACACUGCCCCCUGCUGUAGUAAAGAGUUUUUGCUGCUCCUAGUAAUAUGCACCUUAAAAGGCAGUUGUAGGUUUUAUUCUGUUUUACCUUGGUCAUCAUUGUAUCAAUAUGCUUUGCAGAAAUGAUGCAGCAGGGAAAUACCUGAAAGACAUAGCUUGAGGAACAUAACUAAGGAAGUCACAUGCUUUGUGAGAUAAGUGACUGCUGAUAUUGCCAUCUGCAAUGAACUCCAUUUGAACUCUGAGGUCCAGUUAAUGACCAGUGAAGACAUGGACAAUACUUUGUCUUCCUACUCCUAAUCCCACCAAUAUCUUGCUAGGUUCCAGUAAACUUGAUGGCCUUUGCAUGAGAUUAUUCCCUUGGAUAAGAUUAUGGGACCUGCCCUGCAUUAUAGAUGGUGACAUUCUUCUUUAUUAUUAUGUGAUGAACAAAAGCAAAUGGACAAAAUUCUGUCAUCCUGAACUGUUGUCAUUGAAGUAGAUUUCUUUUAAAUGAAUGGAAUAUAUCUUCAAGUGGAUUAAUUCAGUGGUCACCUGAGAAGGAAGAGUGGAGCAAACUUCCACCUGUCCUCAGCUACUUUAGCCCAACUUGUAGUCAAGACAUCUCUAGGCUUCUUGCCAAAAGCCAUGCUGAAAGUUUUUUUUUUUUUUUUUGCUGUUAUUGUUCCUUCAUUUGUCUGUCUCUUUCUACUUUCUUUCCUUCACUCAUUCAAAGGAUGCACCUUAUAAAUUUCAGGCCUUGGGCUGGGUGGGAAAUGGGGAGGGGUUGGGGGAAAAAACUAAGAUGAAUAUUUUUACAGCACUGUGGUUUUGAAAGUAAUUUUUAAGUCCAUAAGUAAUUAUUUCUAGAGUUUAAUAAUGGGCAUAAAAUAAGAGACAUGUAUUUUUAUACUCGGGGGGUGGCUGGUCAAUUUGCUUUUUAUAAAUACUGUACAUAAGAGUAGAUCUUUUUUAAUGUAUUUGUUGUUGUGCCGAGUAACUUUGUAUAGUAUAUGUAUUUUAUUUUCUCAAUGAAGCAGGACUGGAGACCAAAAGACCUGCGUGAGCUGGGUGGGUGGGUGGGGGGAAUACUGCCAUUUUUGGAUGUUUCCAGAGCCUAGUGUUGACCUGGAAAGGAAACAGAGAGGAGACUGUAUUUGCAGAAUUUAAAAAAUGGGUUAGGGCACUAAGGAUAGCUUUGUCAUCGGCCUUAGCAUGAUGGAGAUCAGCAGAAAAUUCCAGCCAAUUUGCACAAGGGAACAUUGACCAAGAUUAUGACCUGUAACUAAACAACAUUGCAUGCGGGCACGUCCAUCUUGCAGCCCAGCUGGUUCCAAGGCAUAUCCCUGGUUCAGAAACAACACCAUUCCCAGAGUUACUUGUGCUUGGAAAGAACUAUUUCAAUAGAUUCUAGCCAGGAACAAGAUAUAUAUUGUAUUCUUAAGAGUUCAGUAUAGUAGUUGAUGGGGGUGGAGUGGUCCAUCCCAGCUCCUGGUAGCAAACAGAGAAAGGAGACAAGACAGAGAAAUUGCGCUGAAAUUCCUACUAUCGGGAACCUAUUCUUGUGGCAUCUUGGGUGCUACUAAAAUGCUAUCUAACCAGCCCUUUUUGCCACUUGACCACUUGUUUAACAUUUUCACUUCAGUGUCAGAGUAUUUGACAAUCUUAAUGAACUUCCAUAUAUUUUGAUAUUUAUUCCUUUUCUACAACUAAAGCUGUAGACAUUGGCCUUUCUCAACUGGGGCCAUAUGGACUUCUGGGGAACCCUGGCCCAUUUGAAGGGGACCGCAGAUUGAAAACAAUUCUUCACACCCCACUUUAGAAAAUUCAUUAUGCGACUCACACAAUCCUGAUUCAGCCUAUAGGCCUUUCAUAUUGUGUUCAUGGCCAUGAACAAAUAGGAAAAAAAAGUUGAGAAUGGCUAGACUGGACAGCGAUUUUAGGCAUGUCCAGGAACCUUUUGUGCAACCAGCUAUCAUGGUCUGCACUGAAAGAUUAUAUGUGGGUUCAUUAUUAUUCAAAGAAAAAUGGAAUGAGAGUAGAACAAAUAAAUAAGACAGGAUUGCAUUGUGAGAGAUGGAAAGCAGUUGGCUGGGGAUAUCGGGACUGGCUAGGGCUCUUUUCCCUCUUUCCUCUUAAUUUUGAAACACGGCUCUGUAGAAGUUCCCUGUUGGUGGCAAAAGGCUGUUUUCAGACAGAUAGGCUGUGAGGCCUAGCUCACUGCAGGUCAGUUGUCAGUGUCCCCCUUCAUCAUGUCUGAUAGGAAUGUCUGUAAAGAAAUUCAGCUGGAUGCCUGUCAUAGGAAUGUCUUCCUGGAGAAGGAAAAUGGAUUUAGGGGAGUCCUCCCCUCCUUCAUUUGGGACCCUUUUGCCCUCUCCACCCAAGGGAUGAAGUGGAGUAUGGGCAUUGGUCUUGCCCUCGUCACACACCUGCUCUUGUGUGUCAAAUCAAUUAUGUAAAGAAAAAAAGUAGUCUGUCUUGGAGAGUCCUGUUUCUGUAACAUGUGCUAGGGGUCAGUUUUAAAUUAUAUGCUGAAAUUAGAUCUACAUUUGAAGAUGAAACAAAUCUUUUCAAAAUAACAAUAAAUAAAAUUUGAAACCACACCCA